GUUACAUGUUGUCUUGACUUAGAUCGCUCCGUAUACCCUGUGAUCUCCAAAACAACAUAACAAAAGUGGGGGAAAACAUGGCAAGCGGAGAGGGGCCCACAAAAAGCCCCCUGGUAACCUCCUCUUCGGUCGGCCUGGAGGAUCUCUUCCCUUCCGGGACGUCGGAGCAGGCGUGCGGGGACGGGAACCCGGAGCUCGACCGCUUGCGGGAGCGUCUCCAAGCUUGGUUAUCGCAGUACGAGCCCCUGCUGCUGUGGGUGCAGAGGCUGCUGGUCUGGGAGAGGCCGCUGUAUAGCAUCUCAGCCGGCCUGACACUCAACACUUUAUUCUGGCUCCUGUCGUCCACCUCCCUGCGGCCUCUGUUCCUGCUGAGUGUGUCCCUGCUGGGCCUGAUGCUGCUGGAGAGAUGGAAGUCCAAGUUACCCAUCAUUACAGUCCAACAUGCAGAGGCUGAACCUUUACAAAGCCAAACUUUGAGUACGGAGCACCAUCUGCUCAGUGUUCCUGAGCUCAGCCACCACCUCGCUGAGAGCUACCUGACCUGCUGCCUGUAUCUGCAGGAGAUGCUGCAGUACAAACGCAGAAACCAUGGAAGGUUCUGCUUAAUGAUGUGCAGUGGCUGUUUUGUGCUCUCUUUGGUUGGACAUUAUGUGCCAGGAAUCAUGAUUUCAUAUAUUAUAGCCCUAAGCGUGUUGCUGUGGCCCUUGGUGGUGUAUCAUGAGCUGAUUCAGAGGAUGUACACCGGCUUGGAGCCAAUCCUGAUGAAGCUGGACUAUAGCAUGAAGGCCGAUACUGAGCACCGCAAGCACGACAAGAGGAAGGUGAAGAAGGAGCUAGAGGAGGGGGAUGAGCCCAGAGCAGAAACAGAAAGUGAAAGCGAGGAGGAGGAAUUGUCCUGCUUUGCUCCAACGGUGGAUGUGAAAACUACAGCUCUGGCGAUGGCCAUCACAGACUCUGAACUGUCAGAUGAAGAGGCAUCUAUACUGGAGAGUGGAGGGUUCCCAGUAUCUAGAGCCACCACACCUCAACUGGCCGACUUCUCUGAAGACUUGGAUCAACAGAGUUUCCACAGCGACCCGGAGGAGGCCUAUCUGCGGGAUCUUCCUGAGUUACCCUCUGUUGAGGAGUUCCCCUCCAUAGAGCACAGCUUGCUUCACUUUCCUCUACGAGGUCCGGGCCAGGGAGAUGGAGCCCAGGCUCAGUCGGAGAAGGAACCGCUGAGCCCUGCCACCCUCCUCAUCCAGCACCUUGCAUCACCUCUGCACUUUGUAAACACCCAUUUCAACGGACACGGACGGCCACCUGGGGGCGAAGAGAGCGCUCUGCCUUCUAUGGGCGUGAGGGAGGAAUCACAGAUAGGAGAGCAGAAGGCAGCGGCAGUGAAUCAGGGCACGCAGCGCUCCUUAGAGGCUUUGAGCGAGGAAAUAGUGAGCACGGCCAUCUCCACUGUCGUGCAGAACACUCUGUCGGCGCUGCUGCGCUCCAGCGAGGCCAGCGAGGAGCCCACCCUGGCCGAGUUCCUCCCGACUGAAACCCUACCAGGCGCUCUGGAAUCACCCACCCAAUCUUCUGACACCGCUGACACUACAGUUGGAGCGCUGGAGCCUGACAGAGACCUAGAGGAGGGGGCUACGACAGAAAGCGGGACUGGCGAAGAGUACCCGGAUGACACUCUAGUUCCGACAGAGGAAGAGGACUUUGAGCUUUUGGACCAAAGUGAACUGGAGCAGGUGGAUGAGGGUCUGGACAGAGAGGUGGGGGAAGCAGCUCCAGCUCCAGACGGACCUCAACAACCACAGUCAUAGCCCCUGGUCCCCACCUUCCAUCUGCUUUUGUUUGUUUUUACUUUUACGUUAUACCUACAUCAUAUCCAUACAUACCCCUAUAUAUAGAUAUAUCUAUCUAUAUAUAUAUAUAUAUAUAUAUAUAUAUAAUGCAUUAAUCCAGGAGCUUAAUGGUGUGGCGGGGAGAAGGUGAGGGGACGUGAGCUAUUUCAAGAUUCUUCUUAGGUUUGGCAUCUGAUUUGCUCCCAGUUCAUCAGGCGACACUGAGCAAAACAAAACUUUACUGUACCUUUUAAAGGGGACAUAUAGGAUUUUUCAUUAACAGCUGCCUGUUCUAACUUGUGGUGUCAGCUUCAUUCAUAGAAAGUCAAAUUCCACUCUUUUUAUUACUUUCUUAUCCUUUUAAUUUGCAAAUUAAAAGCUGGUUAUCCUCUGUUCUUACAGAUGGGUGACAAUGGGGGGAAAAAGCUCAUGGCUGGCCAGCAGUUUUUAGAAAAGUCAGAAAUUAACUUGAAGUUUGUAAAUUUUUCCUUUGAUAUACAGUGCCAGUCAGAGGUUUACUCAUCAUGGGAAAAAAACAUUUUAAGCAUAAAACGAUAAUUUUUUGUUGUUUUGUCUUUGUUUAAUGAGGAUUGGGUGCAGAAUUUUAAUAUUUUUUAGAUUUUCUCUAAUCCACUGGAUCAAAAUUAUACAAAAGCGCACAAAUAUAUACAUACAUCCUUUUUUCUGAUUUAAUUAAUUAAUUAAUUUUUUUGCUAAUUGUCUUGGGAGAAAUACAUCAAAAAUGACUUCUGCCCGGCCCAUUUCUAGUGUUAUAUCUUAUUUUUGUCAUCAGUAUAGCCAAAAAUGAUAAACCAGAUGCUUACAACAGAUUGUAGUUAUGUAAAUACACAACAUCACUUUGUUUAAUGUUUAUAAAUGGUUUUUUGGGGGAUAUUUUAAACAUUUUAGUCUUCUGUCAUCCUCAUGGGGGUGUUCCUCCUCACCUCCACCUGGCCUUGCGUGCUACGCUCUGAUAGUUGGAUAACUGUCCCUCAUAAAGCUGCACCUUGACUACAUGUUUUCUCACCUCCAGGCGUCUGGUAUACGUCUUGUAUUUGGCCACUCUUCCGAUCACAAAUAGCAGAAUUAGCUUAAUUUGGCUGGUUUCUUGACACACACACAUACACACCCAUAUUUAAAGCUUAGUCUAUAAAUGUUCAAUAUCACCGUGGUCCAAAUUCUAGAAGCUUCAUGCUGGUCUGCUUUAUCCAUUCCAAAACCGGUUUGGAUCGAGUUGUGUCCAAGGUUAAACCAUCUUGCCGUCAGUCCUGUCUUCAUUAUUUCAUCCACUUUUGCCAUGCACCAGUGCUAGUGGCAAUGAAACCACAUAACAUGAUACUGCCGCCGCCAUAACUGCCAGUUGGUACUGUGUUUUUAAGAGUGAAAGACUCACCUUGACAUCUCCAAACUUACUUCCUUCUCACAGUGGCCAAACAUCUCAGUCUUUCUCAUCUGACCAUGAAGCGUUUGUCCUUGUGAGCAGCUGCAAGUUUGAGUCGCGCUUGAAGGUGUUUAUUUUAGAGCAGGUGAUACUUUCUUCCCUCUCGGUUUAUGGCGGGGUGAAACGUACUUCUCUAUGGACAAUGGUGCUGGCUUUUCACAAAGUUUCCAGUUUGUAAUGGACUUGAGUCUUGAUGGUUUUUUUGGUUGUUCCUGAACAUGCUAAGUCAUUUCAUCUGUGCAGGACAGUCUAGGUCAGGUGAUUGAAACUUUGACAAAAUCGGACAUUCUGACAGAAUGAUGAUCCAGAAGGCAGGUCCAAACUGGUUUUGGAUGAAGCCGGUUGACAAAUAAAAAUGCAUGCACUCAUUUAAUUCCAGGAAACCAACCAGUUUUCUGAUGAGUGCUAAAAUGUCGAUUCAGAGUUGUGCCAAAAGCUCGUUGAUCCCUACUAAAAACUUUCUACGGAACAUUUCCCCAAAUAUUAGUUGGCCUCUAUCAAUAUAUCUGAACCUAUAGGUAUAGUUUGGACCCUGUGUGGAAAAGAGAAAAUCCAUGAUGAGUGUAUGUAAACAUCUGACCCUAAUCUGUCGAGCAAAAAUAUGUCCCCUUUAAAUACACACGUACCGCGAAUCAUCAGUGUGGCCCGAACAAUAGAAGAUUGUGUUUCCUCCUGAUGUUUGAGGCAGAACUUGAAUGAAGGGUUAUGGAGGUGUCAGUUAUAGUUUGUGGUUGCACAGUGGUCAGAAUCUGGGUUCUGAUGGGCCCGAUAAACCUAAAUACAGUAAUAACGCCUCAGCUCACUGACUGAAUCCGUCAGAGCAAAAGGUAAAAUGAUGGAUUUAGAUAUAAAACUAUUAAUAUAUGUUAUAAAUUAUUUAAAUUAAUAGCCAGUUGGUGAAAAAAAAAAUCUUAGAGGAAGACUGAAAGUUUAUUUUUGGCUACUUUAAUGAUUGUAUAUAGGUGUCUUAAUGACACAAUGUACAUCCAGGUGUAAAUUGUAGGAAAAUAACAGAAAUCCCUCACUGAACCUGAAAUUAGUUUAAAAAAAAAACAUUUUCAGUGACUUACAGCUUUGACAUUAUUGGAUGUUAAGAAUAAAGAACUGAUACACACAAGUGACUUUCCUGCAAGGUGAAACGGAAGAAGGAUGUAAUCAGUUCUACGUUUUUAUUGUCAUCUGUGCAUCAUUGGUCCAUUUGUGACUGAAUUUUCUCCUGAUCUAAAAAUAAAGUUAUAUAGGCUCUCCAUGUGUAUAGCUGUCGCUGGAGUAUGUAUAUUCCCCUUGUUCUUUACUGUUCAUGCAUGCAGUGCAUCACACGUAGGAAUAUUUGGGGGUUUUUUUCUCCAAAAGGCUAAAUAAUUCCUUUACAAUUGGCUCAGAAAUGAUCGAAUCUGUAUGGAGGGGCCUUCUCCGCUGUUAUAAACCACUCAGCAUCCGACUCUCAGGUUGUACAAAGCGAACGUAACAGCAGAAUAUGUAUCCUCUUACCAAACCAGUCGUAGUGCAUUGUAUUUCUACUAACCUCUGAUCUGUACCCCUCCCCCCAGUUAAUAGUGUAGAAAUGCAAAACAAAAAAAAAAGGUGGAAAGUGUAUUUUCUGCAUGUAAAAACAGCACUCUGUUCAAGUUGUCCUUGUCUAUAGACAAAGUACUGCACAAGUUGUGAUGUAAAAAAACAAACCAUUGAAUGCUUCAGGUGAAGAGAGGUUCGGUUUGUUUCAUAUUUUGUUACUAAUGUUGGGAAUAAAAGUUUAAUGUUUAAAGACUA